AUGGCCAUCUCUCUAACACUGCUUAUUGGUACCGCCCUUCUUAUUUCUCUAAUCGCUCUCACAUGCUCAGAGCGACGCACAUCGCAUGCCCCACUUACGCUAAGGCUAUUACACACAAAAUCAAUCAAAAAUGGUUACGUGCAUCCCAAACCAACCCCAUCGUCUCGUCUAGGUAACUUGUGGACCACGGACAAAGUGGAUAUCGUUUCACAUGUCACUCCUAUUCAAAGUCCAGCAGCAUUCCUCGCGAACAUCUCUAUCGGAAACCCACCAGUCCCUCAGCUCCUACUCAUAGACACAGGUAGUGACCUAACUUGGAUCCAAUGUCUUCCUUGCAAAUGUUACCCUCAAACAAUUCCUUUUUUCCACCCUUCAAGAUCUUCCACUUACCGUAACGCCUCCUGCGAAUCCGCACCACACGCCAUGCCUCGAAUCUUGCGCGAUGAAAAGACCGGAACUUGUCAAUACUAUCUCCGUUACCGCGACUAUUCGAGCACAGGAGGCGUUUUAGGCAAGGAAAAUCUCCUUUUUCAGACAUCCGACGACGGUCUGAUCUCUAAACCGGACAUUGUUUUCGGCUGCGGACAAGACAACUCCGGUUUCACUCAAUACAGCGGCGUGCUCGGUUUAGGACCCGGUAAAUUCUCCAUAGUUACCCGCAAUUUCGGCUCUAAGUUCUCUUACUGCUUCGGCAGCUUGAACGAUCUCACUUACCCUCACAACAUUCUCAUCCUUGGAGACGGCGCCAGAACGGAAGGCGAUCCAACCCCUUUACAUAUAUUCAAAGACCGGUACUACCUUGACCUACAAGCAAUCUCCUUGGGAGAGAAACUUCUCGAUAUCGAAGCUUAUGUUUUCAAGAGAUAUGGGUCCCAAGGAGGUACGGUCAUCGACACCGGUUGCUCGCAGACGAUUCUAGCCAGGGAAGCUUACGAAACGCUCUCUGAAGAAAUCGAUUUGCUUCUAGGAGAAGUUCUCAGACGCGUUCAAGAUUGGGAGCAGUACACGAAUCCUUGCUAUGAAGGGAAUAUGAAACUUGAUCUCUUCGGAUUCCCCGUUGUCACGUUACAUUUCGCCGGCGGUGCUGAGCUGGCAUUAGACAUUGAGAGUUUGUUUGUUAGCAGUGAAAGUGGAGAUAGGUUUUGCUUGGCUAUGACUAUGAACACGUUCGAUGAUAUGAGUGUUAUUGGUGCCAUGGCCCAGCAGAACUAUAAUGUUGGUUAUGAUCUUCGAAACAUGAACGUUUAUUUCCAGAGGACUGAUUGUGAACUUCUUGAUUCUUAA